UGACCACACACGGAAGAGUUCGGCUAUUUCGCAAAAAUAUUCAUUAUUGGUUGACUAUGAAUCACAGUAUUUGUCGUCUUUCUAUCAAUGAUUUGAAUAAGAAAUUAUAAUAAUAGUUUAUUAACACUUAAAUUAAGUAAGCUCAUUGUAUAAAUACUCUCAAUGUCUGGAAACACGCUACAGAAAGCAAUAGAGCUUGUUACCAAAGCUACAGAAGAGGAUAAAAAGAAAAACUAUGAAGAAGCUUUAAAACUAUACCAACAUGCUGUUGAGUAUUUCUUGCAUGCCAUCAAAUAUGAGGCCCAGAGUGAUAAAGCCAAGGAGAGUAUUCGGGCAAAGUGUAUUCAGUACCUUGACAGAGCUGAAAAACUUAAGACAUAUCUUGGCAAGGGGGAGAAGAAAAAACCUGUCAAAGAAGGUGGUACAUCGUCAGGAAAGAAGGCUAGUGACAGUGACAGUGAUGAUGAAAAAGAUCCAGACAAGAAGAAGUUUGAAGGGGCUCUGUCAGGAGCCAUUGUGAUGGAGAAGCCGAACAUCAAGUGGGAAGAUGUUGCAGGACUCGAAGGAGCCAAAGAAGCCCUGAAAGAGGCUGUCAUCUUGCCGGUCAAGUUCCCUCAUCUCUUCACUGGCAACAGAAAACCAUGGCGUGGUAUUUUGUUGUAUGGGCCCCCUGGUACUGGCAAGUCCUUCUUGGCCAAGGCUGUUGCAACCGAAGCCAACAACUCAACAUUUUUCUCCGUAUCAUCUGCUGACCUUGUAUCCAAGUGGCUCGGAGAGUCAGAAAAGCUAGUAAAGACGCUGUUCAAUAUGGCGAGAGAGAAUAAACCCAGCAUCAUCUUUAUAGACGAGGUGGACGCACUGUGCGGGUCUCGAAGUGAGAAUGAGUCCGAGUCAGCUCGCAGAAUUAAAACAGAGUUCCUCAUACAGAUGCAGGGUGUUGGCAAUGAUCAAGAGGGCGUACUAGUAUUGGGUGCCACAAAUAUUCCUUGGGCCCUUGAUGCUGCCAUUCGUAGGCGAUUUGAGAAGCGCAUCUACAUACCUUUACCAGAGGCUGCCGCUAGAUCCACCAUGUUUAAAUUACAUCUAGGAGCUACACCAAACUCUCUGUCUGAUGAGGAUUUUAGAGAGCUGGGUCGUCGUGCUGAGGGUUACUCAGGCGCAGACGUGUCCAUUGUUGUAAGAGACGCCCUCAUGCAGCCUGUACGUAAGGUGCAGACAGCCACACACUUCCGCAAGGUACGCGGCCCCUCCAGGUCAGACCCCAAUUUUAUAGUGGAUGACCUGUUGACCCCUUGCUCUCCUGGCGCCCCAGGUGCCAUAGAGAUGAACUGGACACAAGUGGAUGGUGACAAACUCCUGGAACCUGUUGUCAGCAUGGCGGAUAUGUUAAUGUCCCUGGCAACUCAGAAAGCAACUGUGAAUGAAAAAGACUUAAAAAAGCUGGAGGAGUUUACAUCAGAUUUUGGCCAAGAAGGAUAGUUAUCAGCCACAAAACAAAUCAGAACUCGAACCAGUUACUUUCAUUUAAUUGUUGCACAUAUACUUGUUAAUUAUUUAAGUAACCAUAAUUAACAUAGUCGUCUGGUUUCUUAUUUUGAGGAAUUGGGAUGUAGUAAAAGCUACAUGUAUUUGAAGUUUUCACAAUAAAACACCAGAUUCUUUAUAAGUUGAUUGUAGUUUUUGUAAAGUAAUAAUGGAAACCUUACAUUGUAUGUUUGCAUUUUUUAUCUAUUCAUUGAAGGGAUGCCCUGAGCAGUGAGCACGGCUGUAAUUAUUUAUGCAGUAUUGUAUUGUGGACAGUAACCAUGCUGUUUUAGUUGAUUGUUGAACUAAGUCCUACUUUGUCUGGACUGCUGUUAAUCAUAGAACCAGGUACUUUUAAUUGAAACAACAAAUAACAUCUACCAUCCUGGUGGGUGAUGGUACAAUUUUUUAAAACACAUUAACUAAGUUUCAUUCAUUAUGUAUCAGUAUCCUGUGUGGGAAUGCCUAUCAGCAGGCCAUAUAUACAGGUACCUUAAACAGACCAUACCAAAAUGUCAAAAAUACAAAAGAAACACUUCAUGGAAUGCAGUGAAAUGAGUGCAUCAACAUACGAUAGGAGCCAUGCAGGCUUAUCCUGACGACAAUCCUGUGUUUAUACUAGAUUAUGUAGAAUAGACUUUCUUUAAACAAAAAUCCUAUAAAAGUUGAAACUGUCAUCUUUGAUCACUUUACCCUUAUGCUUUAAACUCAGUUUUACCACAAACAGAUUCAUAUAUUAUUGACAUGUUCAUGCACAAAUAAUCAAGUUUUUAUUUCACAAAGUUAUGUUUAUCAUCACAGACAGGUAGAGAGGACUAAAGAAAGUUUUUUAAUGCCUUUAUGGCACAAACACUAAAGAAUAAUUUAGAAUGUCUUAUUUAUAGCAAUGGCUGGUGACAGUUCUUGCCAUAUGAACAUAGCAGGUUGUAUUGUUUUAAACAAGAAUCAUUGCCAUAUUUAAGUUGAGGUCUGAGAUCAACGCUCAUACAUGAAAAUGGAUUGCACUUUUGAGCCCAAGUGUGGAUUCAGCACUUAAGUAAAAUGCUCUGUAUCCACCAAAAACCUUUAAUUAUUUGUUAAAGACCUUUCUUACUAGAUUCAAGUUUUUAAGGGUCAUUUCCAACCCUUGGAUACGGAUGAGCAGCAAACAGCAUAAAACCUUAACAGACUGCGAGUUACUCGCAGGCUAUUCUGGUUUUAUGCUGUUUGCACAUAGCCAUUUUCACUUUGCCUCUGAGUGGGACAGGGUUAAUAGCCCUGAUCUUGGUUCUGCCUUCAGAUUCACAAUUCUUUUAAAUUAUUUCUAAUUUGAAAACUGUUAAAAGUAUACCAUCUGGAUUAAAGAUCUUACAAGUGUUGAUUUGCACCCUUUGUGCGACAAACUUAAAUUAAUCAUAUCAAUUUACUCCCAGACUAUUCCCAACUAGAACGCAUUUUUUUUGUUAUAAUAUUUGUAUGGUACUGUAACUAUCAUAUGUUUUUUGUCUAAGUACAAAUAAUAAAUUAAAUCCAAUUGUGAAAAUUAUUGUCCCUUGUAAAUUCUUCCAUUUGUACAUACAAAAGAUGUUUAAAUAAAAAAUCACAAUAGAUGUUGUUGUUUUUAAAAUAAAUAAUUAAGAAAAUCAACUUGUAAUGGCUGCAGUUAUUAUUUUAGUUAAGGUAUUCAUGAAUGUGUGUUCACAACACAUAAAAUAAAGAAUAAUUUUGUGUUUACCAUGAUGAAGAAACAAUACUUAGUGCAAAUUUAAAGAUAGUGAUGGUAAUCAUGUGGUGUGUUAUAACUUGUAUAUUGUAAAUUGUAUGUAAAUAGCUGAUAAAUGACAUUGCAAUGAUGUCAUACUAUUUUUCAGAAAUGUAACUACAUGGUAAAGUGCAACUAAUUGAUUUCUACAUACACUUGAGUGUUUGUUUGACAUGAUAUUAAAGUUACUUUAGAAACAUAAAUAAUUACACAAAAUUACUAUGCAACAAAGGUCAGCAACACAAAAUAAAUAUGAAACAAGAUAGGCAUUUGAGAACAUCAUAUUUUAUCAUCAAUUUAUUCAACUGAAAAUAUGUAUCUACUGAAAUAUGAUAAGCAUCACGCGGAGUGUUAAGUGCUUAUUUUCAAUAAAUGUUCCUCAUUGUGUGUUUAAGAUUAACUUAUGUCUUUAUUCUGGUAAAUUUGUUAUAUUUCUGAAUCUGUAUUAAAUAUUGAACCAUG